AUGGCUUUAACAAUGACAUCACCAUCAACGCCAACAGCAGGAACAAGAAUAUUAGCUCCACCAACAACAGACGACCUCAUCCUUUUCAAGACACUCUGCGCCGACUUCGAAGACAUCCUCCCCCACGACCUCCACGACACCUUCUCAAAACACCUCCAACGCCCCUACCUCUCCAUCAUCACUCCUCCCACCUCUUCCUCAAACAACAAUGCAACACCGAUGAUCGCCCAUCAGAAACUGGUCCGCGGAAUCGUAUGGGGCGCAAGCCUCCGGCCCAUCAUCUCCCUCUCGGUCCAAAUCUCAGAAUCCAUCCUCACCCUCUCCGGAACCCGGUUCCCUAUUAACGUGCACUUCUUGUACCUCCCGUCAAGCGCGCAGACAUACCUUUCUGAGGAGGUGUUGAGGACGUUGGGUAUUGAGGAUAUGGUCGUUGUGGGCGAACAUUCUAUCGCGCCUACGACUAGCCUACCCAACCCAGUCUCUAUUACCCCAAACCCCCACAGCAACUCUCGCAACAUUGGAACCGACGGAUACAGUGGAAAUGGUGCGGACACCUGCUCAUCCUCACUGCAUCGGCUGCCGCUCCGGAUCAACGGUUACACGACCAUGGUCGAACGCUCGCCUGCAGACGGACACUUCUCGCACCUCAACAUCCUCGGUCAGGAUUUUGUCCAAGUCUCUGGAGCCAAUGUCUUUUUCGGCGGACAGAUACCUCGCUUCGAAAUCUCCUUUCGAUAA